AUGUGGCACGCCAGUUUUUGGUGCUUUCUGAUUCUGGUUGCGGAAGCCCAAGAUCCAGAGAAGCUGCUUCCCGACUAUGACUGCAUACGGCCCAGCAGGGAGGCCCCGCUACUUGACUGGGCGGAGUGGUUGCAGGCUCUGCAAAGGCCACGAGGUGAAGGAUGGCUCGCUGUCUCAAGCCUUCCUCUGUCCCUCUUAACUGAUGAGAGCAACCGACAGCGUGCAAUAAAGGAAUGUCCCCUUGGACUCUUGAUGGCGGACAUCCUUCAGAUGCUUGCAUGUUUCGACAAGCUCCAUGCCUGCUCUGACACAUUUGAGCGUUUGGUCCGGGAUGGCAUGGCCUUCUUCGGUCUCCGAGUGCUCAUGGGCACGCGCUGGCCAAUUUACGAGUCUUUGCACUCUGACGUUUGGGAUAGGCUGGCAGAGGAAAGCAGAGGGAAGACAGACUUGGCUUGCGAGGACCCUGAGAAGCGCAUCUUGAACUGGGGUGCAUUUAAGCGACUGUUCACCAUGCAAGACUGGUAUCAGCCGGCCGUGGAUGUCGCAUACGGGCCGGAGUUGGAGAAGAUGUGGAGGGAAGCUGCUUUGGAGUGUCCUCUGGGUUUUGCAACCGCGAAUCUUAUCAAGGCGAUGCUGUGCUCACACACGGAGUCCAUCUGCUUCCGGGCCCACGAGACCAUGUUAGGCGCAGUUCUACAAGACAUCCCACUGCAGCGAGUGGCUGCGAGCGGAUGGCCACUCUUGCAUCUCUUGGGCCAUGUGUCUCGAGUCGUGAGGCGGCACAGAUUUCAACUGGACUUCGCGCCGAACGAGUUACUCUCGAGGCCCGGCCCAACAUCCCCAGGCAAAGACCAAGAGGCGGAUGCCUCGUUGUCGAUGCAAGACCUUCAGGCCCUCCUGCCUAGGCUUCGCGAUUCUGCAGACGACACUGCUGCCAGAUUUGGCUACAAGACUAGCAUACGGCUGCGCCUAAUCUAUGCGACCAUGGCCCAUGGGCCACGUUUCAGUCCGUACGUCAGCCGCUUCAUCGGUCGGGCGACAGCCGUUGGGAUCGGGGCCGAGCUGGUGGUGUUCUGUCUGGACGACGAGGCAUUGGCUGAAUGCCGAAAUGUGAAGGGUAACUGCGUUCGCGGAACGCCUUCGAUACUGAACAAGUUCACCUUGCCUUUGGUGUUGUUGCAACACGACUUUGAUGUCAUGUGGUUGGAUCUGGACGUUUUCCUGUUCCAGUCACCGACGCUGCCUUUAAUCCGGCAACUGCGGGAGAACAGUGAGCUUGAGUUGCUGAUCUCCGGCUCGUUUGCUGUGGAUUGCAUUUGUAGUGGUAUUGUUCUGUUCCGUGCAGUGGAGUCCGUACGAUCCUGGUUAGCACUUCUGCUGGUCUGGAUGUACGAGCAUCCUUAUGAGCAUGACCAGAAAGCUUUCAGUGCCUUUUUGCGCGCUGGGGAGAGAGUGGCGUUCGAAAGCGAGUUGCCUGUUGCCCCAGAGCGAGUGCCCAAAUGGGACUUCCUCGACCCGGAGACAGAGUUUGUCUCCGCUCGACACGUGGACGUCGCUGGCUGGACAGGCGAUGCAGACAAGAUCAUUGCUUUCCACCUUCUCCAUGGAGACAGCGAUGAUGCGGAUGCUAGUCGACAGUUUGCAGCUCGGCACGGCCUCGGCAUAGGCUAUGAGCCUCUGCUGGAUCUUUUUUUCAAUCGCACCGACUUUCCGGAGUUGUACAAGACGCCAGUUCUGCCGCAUCGCUUAUCGUCUGAGCUGCGAGAUGCGCUCUGGAGGUCGAGGUGGCCGACUCCCAGGCCAAAGUCGCCUGCAAGGUGCAACGAGACUGUUCCCAUGAGAUUCUGA